AUGGAGGAAUCAGGAAAUGAAGAUUUUAUUGUGGACUAUUUACCGGAAAGCUCUGACGAUGAACCGAUAGACGAAGAACGCACAAAUGGUUAUUGUGUAGAAACCGCCUUACGUCGAUGGGCAAUAAACACGAACCAAACGUAUGAUUCUAUCAGUCAAGUUAUGGAAAUCAUACGUAACGUGAGUUCCUGUAAGCUUCCAAAAGAUGCUAGAACCUUACUGAAAACUAAUACAAAUGCCUCUAAGAAUAUUGUAACGAUAAACGGAAGCCAGUAUUGGUAUCAUGGUAUAAGGCAGUGUCUGCUGAAUAACCUAAGCGAUAGAAACCUCAAUUCGUCGUCUAAGUUGCAGCUUAAUGUUUCUAUAGAUGGAUUGCCUAUAUUUAGAAGCAGCAAUCUUCAAUUUUGGCCAAUAUUGAUUAACGUACAUAAUGUACCUGACGCUCCAGUGAUGACUGUUUCAAUUUACAGCGGAUCUACAAAACCAGGAAGCAUCGAACAAUUCCUUCAGCCCUUCGUAGAUGAAAUGAAUUUUCUUACGAAAAAUGGGAUAGCCAUCAACAGCAGAACAUUUAACGUUGAAUUACGAGUGAUUAUAGCUGAUUCACCUGCUCGGGCAUACAUUAAAGGUGUUGCUGGUUACAAUGCACGACAUGGCUGUUUGAAGUGCACAACAGUAGGAAGAAGCCUGAAAAGAAGAACUGCAUUCUCUACAAAGAGUGCACCAGAGCGAACAGAUCAGGGGUUUAGAAUGCGCAUUUAUGGUGAGCAUCACAAGAUUGAUUCACCAUUGUUAAAGUUAGAAAACUUCGACAUGGUAAAGCAAGUAAUUGUUGCAGAUGCAUUACAUUUAUUAGAUUUAGGAAUGAGCAAACGAACAGUAGUCAGCCUAAUGGAAGGAAGAUUUGGUAUUAAAAAAAAACUAACUCCCAUACAAAUUAAUAAUGCGUCUGCAAUGUUGAUCAACAUAAAAUUACCUUCUGAGAUACAUAGAAAGUUCCGAUCUCUUCGUGAAUAUAAACACUGGAAAGGUUCAGAAUAUUCCUCAUUUUUGUUUUACGCCAGCAUUGUAGUACUCAAAGACAUAAUGGAUGAGGAAAAAUACCAACACUUUAUGCUGUUAUUUUGUAGCAUUACAAUGUUUUCAACUGAAAUUUACAAAGCGCAUUGGCCAUUAGCGAACACCUUGCUGAAACUUUAUGUUCAGCAAUAUGCCAAUAUAUAUGGCCCAGAGUUUGUAUCGAGCAACGUACACAAUCUAUUGCAUAUUUUUAAAGACGUUCAACAAUAUGGUUCACUUUGCAGCAUUUCAUCAUAUCCCUUUGAAAACCAUUUACAAUACUUAAAACGUUCAUUGCGCAAUGGUUGGAAAUGUUUAGAGCAGACUAUUAACAGAUUGUCCGAAAGGGACGUUUAUUUAUUACAUUGA